CUCACUCUCUUCGACUUUUCCCGUCUAUCGCGCUUGUCACCGUCGAUCAAACCGCUUAGAGAACAAUUCGGCCAAGAGUUGACCGCGGUCGACUUCUCCUUCUGUCCCGUUAGAAUACUCUUGUCACCCGCAGUCUUUCUGCCAGUGCGCCCGCCAACCCUCCGCGGUCACGGCGACGUUCUGGUCCUGCGUUGAUAAGAGUUUCUGACACACAAAUUCUGGGCACAUGAGUAGCAAGCUUUGGGGUUUCUUUCUCUACGAUGAUGUCGAGAGCUUCCAGCGCUUCCUGGCAACUGCCACUGGAACGGCAGGGAAUGGAGGCAGCUUGAAGGCUGGGAGCCCUGGGUUAGGACUGACAUCUUCGCCGGGGGUUCCAACCAGAAGCAAGAAGCUGAGUGGGACUUCUCCCGGGACUCCGAUUCCCGAGCGUGGGGUCAAUUUACGCACUGGUAAGACCCUGUCCAGGGAAGAACUGAACGUCCGGGACAAAUACGGGCGCACACUUCUACACCUUGUGGCAUCAUCGACAAAACCCACAGCGAUAGACUUUGCCGUUGCCUUGCUCCAGGUUCCUUUCCUGGACAUCUAUGCGCAAGACUGGGAGAGCGGCUGGACGGCCUUGCAUCGAGCCCUCUAUGCGGGAAACGCUACAAUCGCACAGGCCCUGAUGGUCCGGGACAUGCGCGACGCCACGGACUUCAGCAAAGCGGGCAACUCCGGGCUCCCGGUUGGAAGUUUGAUUCGAAUUAAGGAUCGAGAGGGAUACAGCCCGUUUGAUGUGUACGCAGCCACGAUAGCGGCGCGAGACAUUAAACGAAGCUCUGAUUCUCUCACAUCCGGAAAAUCGUUUGCGGAGGUUGAGCAUAACGAUCUCACCUCUGAGCUUUCAUCGGAGGAAGAUGAUCCUGACUACGACAGCCGCUUUAGCAGGGGUGUCUUGAAGCCAAGCACCAAUCUAAACGGCGACGAGGUCUUUACAUUCGGCAGUAACAAGAACCUGAAUCUUGGUGUUGGAGAUCAGGAUGAUCGUCAGUUUCCAGAGCGUAUUACCCUCAAGAGACCAGGGCAUCUUCUGGAACGACUUUUCCGUGAAUUUCAGGAACAGCGAUCGGAGGCUGGCAAGGCCGAUGCUCAACAGGACUCAGACAAUGCAAGUGCCAAUGAUCUUCCUGCAAUUGUGAAAAACAAACAUAUCAAGAUCCAAGAUGUUGUUAUGUCUAAGCUUCAUACGGCUAUCCUUACCACCGAUCCCGAGUCGAACCUUUUCUUGUGUGGCUUUGGCCCCGGUGGACGACUAGGCACUGGGGACGAAACCACACGUUUCACUUUCGUUUGCAUCGAGGGCGGAGGCCUUGCCAAUAAGAAGGUGGUCUCCGUGGCCCUAGGCCAGGACCACACUCUUGCAAUCACCGAGAAUGGGGAAAUCUUCAGCUGGGGAAGCAACAAGUACGGUCAGUUGGGGUACAGCUUGCCAAGGUCCAACAAUCAGGACGAUGUGCCCCUGCAAAAGCAACCCCGACAAAUUUUCAAUCCUUUCAAGAAGGAGCUAAUCAUCGGGGCGGCUGCAUCAGCAGUUCACUCCGUUGUCUUCAGCAAUUCUGGUCUUUAUACUUUCGGCAAGAACGAAGGACAACUCGGACUGAUUGACUCCGAUGCUCGAUCGCUUGAAAUGCAGAUGAUUCCUCGACGCGUAGGAGCAUCUUUGUUCAGUGCUCCCAUUCAGAGUGUAUCCGCGAUCGACCAGGCAACAUCGGUUCUUCUUCAGAACCAUGAAGUAUGGGUGUUUUCCCAGUAUGGUUACUCGAAACUAUCUUUCCCGCUAGAUGUCAGUUCCAGGUUUAUCAAAGAUAGUUUCAUGGCCACGAGAUAUGGCUCCUCUGUUAACCAAGUGGUCAAAGUCAAAUCCGCUGGCAAUACCAUCUGCGCUCUGUCAAGUUUUGGAGAGGUAUACACAGUGCAAGUCAAUAAGACAGAGGUCCCCUCAACGUCAACAUCGACGACAAAUCCAUUCAAACCUCGGAACUCCAUGUCGGCACCGACUAGGAUCUGGUCUGUGAAAAGAUCUCAUAUGGCAGCAAGGGAUUUUGACGUUGGGCAGGAUGGGUCGGUCAUUAUUUGUACCGUAUCCGGUUCUGCUUGGAGCAAAGAGAAGCGCAGGAAGUCAAAAGACUCGGCCAAGGACUACAAAUUUGCUAGGAUACCUGGGUUGUCUCGAGUGAUCGGAGUUUCCAGCAAUGCUUAUGGGGCCUUUGCAGCCGUACAGCGCGACUGUGAGGUAACUCAGGAGCAGAUUGUUGUUUCUCAGCCGACCUUAUGGGCGGACUACCUCCCCUUGUCUCCUUUCAGCUCAUUUAGAGACACAGUCAGCUCGGUGGAUGUGGUCGGAGGCGAUAGCCAAGACUCAAACCCAGCCUUCCUUAUCAAGAAAGCGAUAUUGGAAGCCUCGGAAAUCGAGCCUUACUUCGAAUCUUCGCAAACCCACGCAUUUCCCGGAGUCAUCUGGAUCAAGACAACAUCUUCGGACAUACGACUUCCUGUUCACGAAUUCAUCUUGACUGGACGGAGUUCAGUCCUUCGUGAGAUCCUUCAUAGCUUCCGGCAUACAGAUCGUCCUUCUUCACUUGAUAUCUUAUCGAUUGAGCGUGACAAUGAGGGCCAUAUGCAACUUACCUUUCAAUCCUUGGACAUCUUCACCAUUCUGAAUUUAGCUUUGUUUUUGUACACAGAUGAGAUAUUGAAUGUCUGGCACCAGGCUAGACAGUCAUCAGAGAAGUCUUUACAAUAUCGCCAGGUCCGGAGCGAAGUGAUGCGUGUCGCCACUCAUCUCAAUCUACCAACUCUGGAACGAGCUUCCAGGCUGAUGAUCGAACCGACAAAGGCUCUGCGGCAUGACAUGGAGCGCGCGAUUCGUGAUCCUGCUUUCUUCGACAGUGGAGAUGUGAUCAUCGACUUGAAAGGGGGUGAGGUCCAGGCUCAUAGCCAUGUCCUGUGUCAGAGGUGCCCCUUCUUCAGUGCAUUAUUCUUCGGUCGCUCAGGUGGUAGAUGGCUCUCAUCGCGCCGUGCUCAUACAGACGCCAUUAUUCAUGUUGACCUCAAGCAUAUUGACCAAUAUGUGUUCGACUUUGUACUUCGGUACCUAUAUGCCGACACCGAGGAGGAGCUUUUCGACGAUGUCAAGUCAAAGGAUUUGGACGAGUUCAUUGAUCUGAUAAUCGAUGUUGCAUUUGUAGCGAAUGAGCUGAUGAUUGACCGAUUGGCUCAGAUCUGUCAACAAAUGCUUGGGAAGUUCGUGCAUACCCGCAAUGUCUGCCACUUGCUUAAUGUGGUCACGCCAUGCUCCGUGAAAGAGUUUAGGGAUGCGGCUCUAGAAUAUAUCUGCCUCAAUCUCGAGGAUCUACUGGCAAACAGGUUAUUGGCAGAUCUCGAUGAGUCCUUGCUCGAAACCCUUGAUUCUGUCUGUCGUGAUAAUCAGUUGACCAGUUUACCUGUGUCAAGAGGACGCAAUUCCGAGGAUUCUAUUUUCGAGAGAUAUCCGGAGCUUGCGACUGCCAUAGAAGGUGACAGGAGGCGGAAGAUCGAUUUCAUGAGGCUGAGACCGCACCUGAAUCGUAUUGACAGCUCUGAAGGAAAGCCUCGUGCAACAAGCAACGAGAAGGCUCCAUCCCCUUCGGUUUCAAAGGUCAAACCGGGCCCAGCCCAGGAUGGAGCGCAGUCCGCCUCUCGCAGUCCGCUACUCAAGUCCAGACAGUCGACUACCGAUUUGAUGUUCCAGAUGGACGACGAGUUUUCGCUGUCCCUCACCGACCCUGGGAAAGGCAAGAUAGCAAUUCGUGAUGUUAAACAAGUCGCCGCAGCGGAUACACCGCUAUCCAUCGACUCACCAGCUCUCCGAGCUAGUCCAUAUGAUGGGGGCUCCCUGGAUGCCAGCUAUUUAGAUGCCCAUAUGGCCUCGCCGUUGGAUCCAGCUCUCUCAGAAUCACCCUCCGCAUCCCGCGCCGCAGCACGCCAUAGGAAACAAGAUUUAUUCUCUUCACCUCCAAGCUCGAGCACCCAGACCCCAUGGAGCGCAUCGGCAAUUUCCACGUCAAAGAAGAAUCUCAAGGAUAUUAUGAAUGAAACCUCAGGCAACCGGAUCUCAAAUCUCAGCCUAGGCAUGUCUGCUCGUCGAGAGAGUACCAGUAACCCUGCGCCGAAGAUGUCGCAGAAGGAGCGCAGGAAGAUUCAGCAGCAGCAGAUGCAGGAGAUGCUUGCUGCUCAGCAAAAGGCAAAAGAGGCGCCUGAAAAUCCGUGGAAAAUGUCCACCCCAGGCAAACCUGCUCCUAUAGCGAGUGGACUAGGUAGUCCUGCUGCAGAGUCUGCGAAGGCUUCUCCCAAACCCUCCAUGACCCUCCGCCAAACUGUCGCCGGGACGCUCUCGGCAGCUCGCACGAAACCCAGCUCUAUCCCCGCGCAGACCCCAGGCCGUGGGGGACCCGCCAAUGUUCAACAUACGCCCUCGCGGCCUCAACCUUCGAAAUCCAUCACCCCAACUCCAGCCUCCUCCAACCCCCUCGCCACUCCCCAACCGGCUAUCCAGUCUAUUCGCCACAUCCCGCGCCCCGAACCAUACCAGACGAGUUUUCACUCUCCUUCCUCCAGCUCCCUCUCCCUCGCCACGAUCCUCAUGCAACAACAAACCGAAAAGGACGAGAUCCGCGAAGCAGCGACCGCAAAACACAAUCUCGAAGACAUCCAACUCGAGCAAGAGUUCCAAGCGUGGUGGGAUAAAGAGAGUCGACGCAUCCAGGGCCUCCCGGACCCCGACACGACGGCCCCGUCCGCCGCCGACAAAGAAGAGAAGGGGACCUCGCGGUCAAAUCGGGGCCGAGGCAAAGGCAAAGGAAAAGGACAGGGCAAAGACCUAGGUCAGCAGCCACCGCUACAGCAGCAGCAGCAACAGCAGCAACAGCUCCCGCACCGCAAAAAGCGCGGAAAAGGCCUUGCUGGUUCGGCAGACGCAUCGACUUCGUCCGCACAACCCCAACCUCUCCGUAACGAAUCUACCACCAUGAUCACUCCAUCCGCACAGAACGGCCAUCAUCCUCAUCUGACACCUCGUCGUGACGCUCAACCUCGAACCAUUCCGAACGGGAAUCAUCUCGAUGGACGAGGAGCCGCGGCCGGCGGAUCCAGUGGAAGCGGUGGUUCACGACGCGGAGGUGGAGGUGGUGGCGGAGGUAGAGGUGGUGGUAGCGGUGACAGCUCUCGUGGACGCGGCAAACCUCGGGAAAAGACCUCCGCUUGAAAUGGAAUCUCACACACUCACACAUCUAAAUACAUACACAUAUACAAACAACAUCCACCUGUACCACCUCCCGGCGGUGUGUGUGCGUCAAUAACGUUUACACCCCCUCAUGUUGCUAUGAGCUUUCUGCAUAGAAUUUUUUUUUACCUUUCGGUUCAGGGAAGGAAACUCUUUCUCCCACAAUGACAUAACAAUAGACACACUAC